AGCGCGGGUCAGAUCACUGCCACAGCAGCUUAAGAGGUACCUGAACUGCCCCUGGGCACAAGUUCUCCACGGCAGCCCCGAGGAGACGCUGCCUCGAGCAUCCGAAGUCCUACUGUAGGCCACACUCCUCGGGCAGCCCCAGGACUUUGCCCAAUCGUAAUCCCAGUGUGGCUGCAGAGCACUCACGGCAGCCAGAAGACCCGAGUCGUAACGCCGUAGCGUAGACCAUGGCGGCCAAGGUCCAGCCCAGCAAGACCAUCAACAUGGGCGACCCGCCCUGCUGCAACGUGGGGGGCUGCGCCCUGUCCAAGACGUGUCUCUGGGACGUGCGCCAAAAAGAAAAGGGACCAGUGUGCUGGUACUUCCCGCGGCCGUUCUGUCUGCUGUUGGCCUGUCUGGCCAAUCUGUUCCUGGCACCCUUCGCCUUCGCUCUUGGUUGGUUGCGGAUCUACGUCAUCCCGUGCCUACUCACAACGCUGCAUAUGAUGCUGUCGAAGUUUUGCUGCGAGAUCCUGAGAUGCGGCAAGGUCUUCCCGAAGUACCGGGACAUGUGGUUCCCGGCGAACGACGCGUCGAUCGGGUAUAACUUGUUGGGUCGAGGGCCGAAGCCUUGUUUGGACUUUUUUUGUUGUUGCUGCGCGAAGAUCGUGUGUGUUUGCCACAACCCCUGUUCGGAAGCUACCAUACCUUGGUCUAGAGCUACGGACGUCGUUGAGUCGCGAGAUGGCCAAGAGAAAGGUAGAGCGCAGUUAUUUGAAGGCAAGAUCGAAGCCGCAGAUGUGCAACAAGGAGGCCUUGGGAACUGCUGGUUACUCGCUGCGAUCGGCGCGAUAGCUGAGGCCCAUCCGGAGAUAAUAAGAUCUCUAUUCCUGACGAAUUUUGUGGAGCCCUGUGGUAUUUACCGUAUAAGAUUGUAUGACGUACGGUAUGAGCGGUGGACCACGGUCGUGAUAGACGAUCGGAUCCCGAUGACCGACGAUGGACUACACCCACGCUUCUCGCGGCCGAACGGCCCGGAGCUCUGGGUUCUACUACUCGAAAAGGCCUUCGCGAAAUUGUGGGGCGCCUACGGGUAUCUCGAGGGUGGCCACGUGAUUCUAGCGUUACAAAGCUUCACGGGCAACCACGGGGUCCUGAUGGAUGUCCAGAAGUACUGCCAAAGUACGUCAAACGACCAGUUCUUCGACGUCAUCCAUGGGACUUUGUCUCAUGGGUUUGUCAUGGACGUACGACCCCCAAACAUGCUGGUGGGCUGCUCCUUCGCCAAGGCCGAGCAGGGGUUGAUCACGGGCCAUGCUUAUAGCAUCCUGGACUGCGCCAAGCUCUCGUCGGGCGCCAAGUUACUGAAAAUAAGGAACCCCCACGCGCAAGGCGAAUGGCAAGGAAAGUACUCGGAUAAGGACGCGGCCUGGAUGGCUGAAGGCGUGACGUCGAUGAAGGGGAAACGAGUAGAUCGGGAAAGUGAUGAUGGCAUCUUCUGGAUGUGCGUCGAGGAUUUCGUGGCCAACGUCGACGACGUCUACUUCGUCGGGGCGUCGCGGUCCGUCGGCACGGAGACGAUGGAGUUCCACGAGGGUCUGGGGCUGCUCGGGCCGUGCCGCGGCUGCGUCGGCGGUUCGCUGGGGUACUGCUGCGGGGGCGGGUGCCGGCUGACGUGCUUUCCGGAGCGACGGGGCACGCUGACGAUGCUGCGCGACGCCGGGUUGAACUUCGACGCGAAGGGCUGGCACGUGAAGCGUUAUCAUCUGUGUGGAAAUCAAGCAGUGUGUCGGGUGCGUGGCGUCGCGUCGAUGGCGUGGAGGUCGACGCGAUGAUUUCCACGCAGGUUACCACGACGAGGAGGCGGUGGGAGGCAAACACAACAAGGCCGGCUGGAUGGAUAAUAUUGGAGGUGGUGCCUCCAAAGAAGAGCUGGAACAAAGGGAGGCUGAUCGUAGAAGGGAGCGGGGCGAGGGCGGGCCGCCGGCGCCCGACAUAUGCGACGAGCAGCCCCGCGGCGACGAGGCCGUGUGAGGCGUCAUGAUCCGUCGCGUCGACGAGACCGUCCGUGGUCUUUCCGUCUAGUCUGCCCCCUGGCGUACUGGUCCUAAGUACACCGUUGCCUGAACGCUCGCGGCUCCCCGUGGUGACUCGGACUCGGAGUACUAGUAUGGAUGCCAUCAGCCUGAACCUGAGUGCCACUGGUAUCGACGUCACCGUGCGUAUCACGAGUCACUGGCCGGGUAGUGAGAUGGGUAGUGAAGUGGGCGCGGCGCCCGGGCAGAUCAUAACUAGCUCAAAUAAACCCAG